AUGGUCAUCCAGAUGCAGGCCAAGGUCUCCUGGAAGUUACUUUGGAAAAUCACCUUUGUCUUAGGUUUGAACUUGGGGCUCAGAUUCACAGUGCUGCUCAGGAAAACUGGCCAGGCGCCUCCCGGAAAAAUCAAGAACCACAGCAGGACCCUGCGGGGAGGAAGACAGGUGCGGACGCUGUUUGUCAGCGGGCUCCCUGUGGACAUCAAACCCAGAGAGCUCUACCUGCUCUUCCGGCCGUUCAAGGGAUACGAAGGGUCCCUCAUCAAGCUCACCUCCAGACAGCCUGUUGGUUUUGUGAUCUUUGACAGCCGGGCAGGCGCAGAAGCGGCCAAGAACGCACUGAACGGUAUUCGCUUUGAUCCUGAGAACCCGCAGACCUUGAGGCUAGAAUUCGCCAAAGCCAACACCAAGAUGGCGAAGAGCAAGCUGAUGGCGACACCAAAUCCUAGCAGCAUUCACCCGGCCCUGGGAGCGCAUUUCAUCACGAGGGACCCCUAUGACCUGAUGGGUGCUGCUCUGAUCCCUGCGUCCCCAGAGGCCUGGGCCCCUUACCCUCUGUACAGCACGGAGCUGACGCCAGCCAUCUCUCACGGUGCCUUCGCUUACCCAGCUGCCACUGCGGCUGCCACCCUGCAUGCCCAGAUGCGCUGGUUCCCGUCCUCAGACGCCGCCCAGCAGGGAUGGAAACACCGCCAGUUUUGCUAGCGCGGCUGUCUUGUCCGGGAGCGGACGGGCCGUGGGUGGGGCCAGCACGGCCUGUGCAGAGCUCCUGCUGCCUCCGGAGACGGCGGCUCCUACAGCUGUGGCUCGCGGACAGCGUCCCGUGUCCCCCCCUCGGCCCUGUGCCACCCAGGCCCCCGCCCUGAUGUGCUCCUUUCUGUAGCUGCCCCACAGGGAGGCGAGGCGUUUAGUUUUGCACGUUUUCUGGCUCGAACGAAGACACUUCGCCUGUGUACAUGUGAGUGUCGUUUGUGUUCGCUCCGUUGCCGUGGCGUGGGUCCUGGCACUGUCCUCCCGGUGCCGGGCCCUGCAGCCGCGCCCGCCGGGGGCCCGCCCCGAAGUCGCCACGGCGCACCCCACCCCACUGCUCUGUCCAAGCCUCGAAACCAAAACGUGGAACGUAUUUUUGUACCCUGUGUGAGAAAAUAUUUAUGCAUCAUAAAGGAUUUUUCAUGUGUGUACCAUUUAAUUAUUAAAGAGGCCUCGUCGCCCUGUCAGGGAAGUUCAGUGUUUAGUUUGAAGCGUGAAGGAGCAGCGGUUUCCGUCCGUCCGCGGUGAGCCCCGCGGCAGGCGCGGCUGAAGGCGAAGUCCUGCAGUUUUAUUUUGCGUUGUGAGCGCGCCGCGCUGUACCUUUGGUUGUGGCCGCGACUGUCCUGCCGUGGCAGACGUGGGGGACAAGGUGGCCGUUGUACUUGCUGAUCCUGUGAGAAUGUGAAACUGGGUAAUAUAUGAAAAUAUGAAAUAAAAGUCUCGAAAGCGAC